AUGGAGUCCCUUCUCAAAAUAUCACUCAUUCUCUCGCCCCCUAUUGCGAUGCACGUAGCGUUCACGCCCCCUCAUACCCCCACAAGUGACGAUGUUGUCCACGAGAACUUCAUUGAGUGGAUUCUCUUUUGGGAUAUCAACUAUGGGCUGUCAAUUACAAAGGUAGCAUUUUCCUGGGCUAUUGCUUUCACAGAACUCGCUAUCACUGCCUCACACGCUAUAGAUCCCAACAUUUUCCCCAGCGGGUUACAAGCGGUAAUUGGCUCACUUCGAGCGAUUCAAGAUGUUUCCAUCACUUCCCCUUUAGUUUUCGGCACCGCACUCAUUGUCGUUGGGGGAUUCAUCCGCUGGUGGUGUUUUCGCACCCUUGGUCGUUUUUUCACAUUCAAGCUCAGUGUCCGCAAAGGGCACCAGCUUGUCACGAGUGGACCAUACGCGGUCGUCCGCCAUCCAUCCUACGCGGGAGCUGCUCUGCUCUCCAUCGGCCAGUUUAUAUUGCACGGGUCGCUGUCUUCAUUGGUUAGACGCUCAGGGGUUUUAAACAUCCCUGCAUUGAAAGCGAUUGCGGUGGUAGUGCUAAUGGGGAGAAUGAUUGUCGUAGCAAGCCUCAUACUUAGGAUCGGGCCCGAGGAUGAAACGGUGAAGUCAAUUUCCAGAGCAGAGUGGGAGAACUGGGCUAAGGUAGUCAAGUAUCGCCUUAUUCCUGGCAUUUAUUGA